GACAGGCACGGUCUUCUGCUGCCGUCAGCUCUUUCUACGGAGUAACACGAAUGUCAACUUAGUAGUCAACUUUUGGGGAUCGAGUCGAACAUUUUAGGCUUACUCGGGGAGCAUCAGUUUGCUGUACAUAUUUUCUUUAUUGAACUUCCCAGCAGCCUGUCAAACAAUGAACCCGGCUCGGCGGUUUUUGUGCGCGGGGCUGGUUCUAGUGUGGCUCGUCCCGGACAGCUUUGAGGUCCAGGCUGCUUUCUCCCAGGCGAUGGACAGCGACUUCACGCUGACUCUACCUGCCGGCCGGAAAGAGUGUUUUUACCAGACCAUGAAGAGAGACGCCUCGCUGGAGAUUGAAUAUCAGGUUUUGGAUGGUGCCGGCCUAGAUGUGGAUUUCUCCAUCUUUUCUCCAUCAGGACAGUUGUUGUUUAAUGACUACCGGAAGUCAGACGGCAUCCACACUGUAGAGACGGAAGAUGGAGACUACAUGUUCUGCUUUGACAACACUUUUAGCACGGUCUCUGAGAAGCUUGUCUUCUUUGAAUUGAUUUUGGACAACAUGGAUACAGAUGAAGACCCAGACAACUGGAAGGAAUAUGUCCACGGAAUAGAUACUCUAGAUAUGAAGCUGGAGGACAUCAUGGACACAAUCAACAACGUUAAAGCUCGGCUGGGCAAAAGCGUACAGAUCCAGACCCUGCUGCGAGCGUUUGAGGCUCGGGACCGCAAUAUCCAGGAAAGCAACUUUGAAAGAGUGAACUUUUGGUCUGUGGUCAACCUUGUUGUGAUGGUUGUGGUGUCAGGGGUUCAAGUGUACCUGGUCCGCUCUCUCUUUGAGGAUAAAAGGAAAAUUCGCACAUAACAUGAGCUGGAUGGGUGGUUAAAAGAGCAAGAAAGUAUUGCAGUUGACUGUAAAUGUCACAAGUGUUUAUUUUCUUUCCCCCAUAUUUGUAACAGAGAUACACACAAGAUUGUUGUUUCAUUAACCAUGUUGAAUUUACCACAACUGAAUAGAGUUAAAGUCCCACGUUUGGAUUAAAAGCAAUCAGUUAUUCUAUGUUGCAUCCACCAUCUUUGCUUACUAAAAGUUCUAAUUCUACUCUCUUUGUUACGCUGCUGUACUGGAUUUCUAAUGGUGACAGAAUGAUUAAGUUGAUGAUGUUACUCUUAUUUUUUUACCCGAGUGUGGGCUUUCCAGGCCGUUGGUCGACUCGCAGAAAUAUCAUUUUAGUUUUGUGGGGAUCUUUCUGAGUGUUACAUGAAACCACAUGAAGGAACGGGAGGGUUUUAAGACAUGAUUCUGACAAACAGGCAUGAGAAGUGCAACCGGUUUGGCAGCUGAUCUUUCCUCACUUCAAAUGCUGCCUUUGCAUUGAUAGGCGUCAACUUUCCCCUCUGAGCCUUCUUUUGUUUUUAUUGUCAGCCAAAUCUUUUCCUCAUAGAAAUACAGUCAAGUCUGAAUUGCUGCAUCUCAUGAGGUCCAGGAGAGAAACUACCCUGUCCAACACUUCUGCCCCAUUCUUCUCAGCUGGGGUCAUUUGAUUGGUGAUCUGAAAGCCUCUGCUGCUGCUGGCUGUCCUGUUUACAGCCUACCUCCUGUGUGAAGAUGUGGGGCUAGGCCUGUUCUCUGGUGACAGAAUCUAUUUCUAUCUUUCUGACACCUGGAAGGUCAUUGCAGGGCUGUUCUAGACACUCAGUGCCACAAUUACGUUAGCAUUCUUUUACAUUAAAAUACUCAGUUUUUAAAUGUUGUUACUUUUUCACCACCAUUUGAACAUAUCUGUUGGCCAUGCUGCCUCAGAUAGCAGGGAACAAAGAUGGCUUUUUGUUUUUCUUUUUACAUUUGUCAGAAAUGUUUAUGAGGUAAACUCGUUUAAUGUUCAUAUUCUAUAAAAAUGCUGCUGGGUGUGUGGCCUUAGUUUUAUUGUUAUGUUUGCUCUACUUCUAAAAUCAGGAUUCCACAUUGAAAACCCUGUUAUUUAUCUGUAGGGCAAAGAAUAAAGAGAUUAUGCCUUCAUGAAAUGUGCCCGUAUCCAAUAAGUGUUUAAAAGUUUAAUUAGAAUUUAACUUUGUCAUUGCACAUCUCAAGUGCGUAGCAACAAAAUGCAGUUUGCAUUGAGUAAUGUAAGUUAUGUAGAAGAUCAAACAGGUUUUGACAUAUAUGAAGUCAACAACUGUAAGAGCUCUGAAUUUGUAAUGAAAGGAUUCAAAGAUUAUAUUUUUAUUCCUCUUAUGGCUGUUAUCACUGUAGGAUUUAAGUUUUCAUCCUGAAGCCUUACAAAUAAUCAAUUGAUGCAAAAAUGAUUUAAAACAGUUCUGUCAUGCUUUAAAGUCCUACGAUAAGAAAAUGUUUGUAAAAAAAAAGUGCUUUCAUUUUCCCACAGGAGAAAUUAGGAUUUCUGAUUCAGUUUUAUCUGUUUCUACCUCAAUGAGGCAGUGCAGGAAGAAGGAUAUAUUUAUAAGGUAAAUAUGUAUAAAUUAAACAAUCCUAUCUUUGUUU